AUCCUAGAGCACAAAUCAAUAAAGAGGAAGAAAUCGGCUCAAAAAGAAGUGAAUCAAAGUCUCAAUUUGCUUUGCCGAUUGCUGAAAACCUAACCGGAUUUUCCCAAUUUUUCGAUUGUUUGAUUCGAUAGGCUGUGCUAAAUUUAUUAAAUUUCACGCCCAAGUAGCUUUCUCGAGCGGAAAUCCAUCAAUUUUUAAUCAAUGGAGGGGCAUGAUCAUCUGAAUUCUAAGAUUGAGGCUGAAGAAACUGAGACUUUGGUUUCUAGGGUUUCCGGUUUCUCGCUGCGUGACGAAACCCCGAAGCAGAAUCUCGAUUCUAAGCGGAAUAAUAAGGGGCUUGAAAAUCAUAGAGAGCAUGAGAGCAACGAUAGAGUAGCAUUUGGUGGAGUUGAUAAUCCAAUGGCGGCAGAAUCAAGAGCAAAGGACUGUGGUUCUGAUUUGUCCCGAGGAUCAAUGGAAGAGAAUGAUGUGACUUUCUGUGGAACGCGAAGGAAAUACUUCUACUAUGAUACUCCGCUUUCCGAAGAAACUGGGGUUUGGAUACCUGUUUCUGUUCCUCCUAUGUUGGAAACCGACCGCAAAGAGUGGGAUAGAGGCUUCCAACUAAAUGGGGGUUACUUCCCUGAGGGUGACAUAGGAUGGAAUCACUUCAUUGGAGAAGAUAAGGAGAUGACCAUGUGGGAUGUGAUGGUGGAAAUGUUGCUUGCUGCCCGUGGAAAAGUUAGUUCGUUUGCUUCUGGUGAUAUUCAAGGAUGUACAUUUUCAUGGAUAUCAAGUAACGUACUUGAGCAGGCUUGGCAAGAGAUUGCCCAAACUCUCACCGAAGCGAAUUUUGCCAACGUGAGGGAAAUCCUUGAAGCAGAGCCACCAAAAUGGUUGGCCGAUAGUGCUGCAUCUGCUUGUAUGUUAUGUGGUGUGCGGUUUCAUCCAAUCAUGUGCUCUAGGCAUCAUUGCCGGUUUUGUGGAGGUAUAUUUUGUGGCGAAUGCUCUAAGGGAAGGAGCUUAUUGCCAGCAAAGUUUCGGGUUGCGGAUCCCCAACGUGUCUGUGAUGUAUGCUGUGUUCGGCUUGAGUCUGUCCAGCCGUCCUUAAUGGACCAAGUGAGUCAUGCUGCUCAGCUUCCAACACAUGAUCUUACAGACCUUAGUACUUUAAGGUCAUGGGUUAAUAUUCCUUGGGGACAGUCUAUGGAAUAUGAGAUAUAUAAGGCAGCAAACACGAUUCGAGGCUAUAACACGGUGUGUUCCUUGAAGCCAGAGAAAUCAAUUCCAGAAACCAUUCUACGACAAGCAAAAGGCCUUGCAAUAAUCACUGCUGUGAAAGUUGGAGUUGUGGUUACCUAUAACGUAGGUACAGGACUUGUGAUUGCUCGGAGAGAAGAUGGCUCAUGGUCUCCACCUUCAGCUGCUUCUACAUUUGGUAUUGGUUGGGGAGCUCAGGCUGGAGGAGAAUUGACGGACUUCAUUAUAGUUUUGAGGACAAGUGAUGCCGUAAAGACUUUUAGUGGCAAUGCGCAUCUUUCUGUAGGAGCUGGCUUGAGUGCAGCUGUUGGCAUUGUAGGAAGGGCAAUGGAAGCUGAUUUUCGAGCUGGAGAUGGUGGCUAUGCUGCUUGUUAUACAUAUAGCUGUAGUAAAGGCGCAUUUGUCGGAUGUUCACUUGAGGGGAGUAUUGUAACAACACGAACACGAGUGAAUUCUCAGUUCUAUGGCAGCCAGUCAUUAACUGCGUCAGAUGUACUUCUGGGUUCAUUGCCUAGGCCGCCAGCCGCUGCCAUCCUCUACCGUGCUCUUGGAGAUCUGUAUGAGAAGCUUGAGAGGUGAUGUUACUAGCUUUCUAGGACAACAAAUAUCAAUUAUUUGUUCAUUUUCUGUGAAACUAUCAAGUUGUAAAGGUUCUUGCUGCCAUUCUUUGUCCAUUGACACUCUCUGGGUAUAUAGUAAAAAUCCAGAAAGAAAGAAAGAAAAAAUACUUUUCCUCGUAAAAGCAAUGUAUAUAAAUUUCAGCACUUGUUGAAUUGGUCGUGCCUCAUUGGCCUGUCUGUAUAUAAUGUUUAUUGGUGGCGAAAAUUUAUAUAUGUCAAUUUCAUUGUAGAAGGAUAGGAUUUAUCGUCUGAGAAGCUCUAAAGUGCCCAUGAAUUAAUCUUUUUUUUUUUUUCGUCGUAUCGUUUAUAUAUUGUGAAGCAUUAAUUUUAGUGAAUUCUUUGCUGCAUUUCUUUUCUAUGUUUUUUUU